AUGCAGAGCCGUGAGGUGGCUCUUUGGGUUCUUUUUGUGAGGCUGCCGCUGCAGGCCGAAUUUGCUUGGACUUUUGCUAUUUGCGAGGCGCGCAACACGUGGCACCCGCCUCCAAUCAAGGUGAAACUGCUGAAGAGCCCUACGGAUGCCCAAAGUGAUUACUCGAUACCGUUGGUCAAUUGCGCCAACAGAUCCGACGCGAGGGAGACCUGA